CUUAGCAUAGUCGAGAAAUGCAAAAGCAUAUAAGUUCCACUUUACAUGUUAUUCUCGACUCAAGAAGUCGCACAUAUCUCUUCAGAUCCUUCCUGAGCCGGCCCGACGGUCGUAUAACGCGCUCAACUUUCCCCGAUAUUUUACCGCCGUUGACCGGUCAACGAUACCAGGUGUGGCGAAAAUUCAACUUGCACACCAAAUGAUAACAACAGCGCGUCGUUGUAUACGAGGCCGAUUUUAAAUCGUUGCUCUCUCUCUCUCUCUCUCUCUCUCGGUGGGUUUCUUUGGAUAUACUCACAUUACCGCUCUAACGCAGAAGCAGAAGCUCAAAAAUAUCCUGGGGGCGGUUUUGAAAAGUCUGAAAACCAAAAGCUGGGGCAGUCGAGGAAAUUUGGAAAGUGGUCUAAACCCAUUUCAUAAUUUAGUCUUAUUGAUUGGAAAGUCAGGAAGAUAUUUUGUUGGGAGCGUGUGAGUUGACUGACUAUUGAAGAAAGGGUUGAGCCAUAAUGGAGGGUGAGAGGAAGUACAUUACUGUUGAGCAGCUGAAGCUGCACAAGCAGCCUGGGGACUUGUGGAUCUCCAUCAAGGGUAAGGUUUACAAUGUCUCUGAUUGGGCCAAAGAUCACCCAGGUGGGGAAGCCGUUCUCAUCAAUAUGGCUGGCCAAGAUGUCACUGAUGGAUUCAUAGCAUACCAUCCUGCCUCCGCAUGGCAGUACCUGGGAAAAUUCUUUACUGGUUAUUAUCUAAAAGAUUUCCAGAUCUCAGAGGUGUCCAAGGACUAUAGGAAACUUGCUUCAGAGUUUAACCAAUUGGGUUUGUUUGAAAACAAAGGGCAUGGGGCUCUUUACUCUGUGAUAAGUCUUGUGGUAAUGCUUUCCCUUGUUGUCUAUGGUGUGUUGAAGUCUGAGAGUGUGUUGGUCCAUUUGGGUUGUGGUUUGUUGUUGGGGGUCCUCUGGGUUCAGGCUGCCUAUAUGGGUCAUGACUCUGGCCAUUACCAGGUCAUGUCGAGCCGGACCUACAACAGAAUGGCUCAGUUUGUGGCUGGAAAUUGCCUUACUGGGAUCAGUAUUGCUUGGUGGAAAUGGACUCACAAUGCCCACCAUAUUGCCUGCAACAGCCUUGAUUAUGAUCCUGAUCUUCAACACAUGCCAGUCUUUGCAGUGUCCACAAAAUUCUUUCAUUCAAUAACAUCAGUCUUUUAUGGAAGAGAGCUAACCUUUGACCCUGUGGCUAGAUUUUUAGUCAGCCACCAGCAUUUUACAUAUUAUCCGAUCAUGAUUGUUGGAAGGGUUAACUUGUUUAUACAGACCUUCUUGUUAUUGUUCUCGAAGAGAAGCAUCCCAGAUAGAGGUUUGAACAUAUUGGGAAUCCUUGUUUUCUGGACUUGGUUUCCUCUCCUUGUUUCAUGUCUGCCCAAUUGGAGCGAGAGGGUGAUGUUUGUGCUUGCGAGCUUUGCAGUGACAGCACUUCAGCACAUUCAGUUCACUUUGAACCAUUUCACCGGAGAUACUUAUCUUGGACCACCAACUGGGAAUGAUUGGUUUGAGAAGCAGACAGCUGGUACUGUGGAUAUUUCUUGCUCAAGUUGGAUGGACUGGUUCUAUGGUGGUCUACAGUUUCAGCUUGAGCACCAUUUGUUCCCCCGACUACCCCGUUCCCAGCUUAGGAAGAUUUCUCCUACUGUGAAGGACCUGUGCAAGAAGCACAAUUUGCCUUACAAGAGUUUGUCCUUCUGGGAUGCCAAUGUAACCACUAUUAGGCUUCUAAGGUCUGCUGCCCGGAAGGCUUGGGACAUGGAUCUUCCAAUCCCGAAGAACUCGGCCUGGGAAGCUGUUAAUACCCAUGGCUGAGAUUUGUUGACGCUCAUCAAGAUUUUGCCCCCACAUUACCUUUAUCCGUUUAUAAGUUGGGGCAUCUAGGAUGGAGAUAAAUUUUUCAGCAGGUUUUCCAAUUGCUAUUUGAUAUUUUUUUGGGCACUGCCUUGGACAGUAUUUGAUUUAUAUAUGUUUCUCUGUUUAGACCUCCAUAACAUACUGAUUUAAUUUUUGUUGAUGUGCAUUAUCAAGUUGGAUACCAAUACAAAAUUUGGAGAUGGAUCUCUGUCUAUUGGUUUUGUAGUUCUUUUGUCAAUUCUAAACGAAUUCAGUAACCUUUUAAUUUCAGUAAUUUCAUAAGCAUUCCUUUU